CCACCCUUCAGGAGAGGAAGAAGAAGAGGAAGUCAAACCACACGGGCACCAACCCCCUACAUUGCUCCUCGAAUUACCUUACCCUUGAACCUUGCUGGAUGAACCAACUAGUAUCGCAAAUCUUUUUCUCCUACUUCCACUAGGCUAAUCUUAUCGAAAGAUUGCCUUCGACAUCAUCGAGAAGUUUGUCCCUAAUUGCCCAUUGUACUAGUCCAUUGACCACCUAUCGUCAUUGGCAGCAAAUUGGAUUGGGCCAACAAUCGGGGCCGACGGCGAUAUAAAUCAGACCGUAAUCGUACGUUUUGCGUAAAGAUUCUGGCUUGAAGAUACCCCCGGCGACUCUGGUCAGUCUAGGAGCUAGGAGCUUCAGAACCGUACGGACAGUUCAACGGGAACGGCGAGGAUACAAACAUGAGAAUUCUUGUGGCGUUGGCGCUUUUUGUGGCUUCGGCCAACUGUUUGCCGACCGCUGGGAUCGCGGUUGCAAACUCUCCAGAAAAUGUGGAACGAUUGGCACACCUGGGACCGGAUGAGCUUGCGGAGGAGUUGAGUGGACAGUUCGAGGGGGACAUGAUUCUGGACGAGGAACAGAUGGCUUCGCUGCGAGAUAGGCGUAACGGUCUCAUCGCCCAAACCCACCGUUGGCCGAACCGCAUCGUAAACUACUACAUCCACGAGCCCGACUUCACUCCGGAACAGGUUCAACACAUCGAGCUCGGUGUGCGGAUGCUGCAAAGCCAAUCCUGCCUUCAGUUCCGACGGGUUACUCCCGAAGAAACGCCCGCCUACAUCCGUGUGAUCGGUUCCGGUUCCGGCUGUAGCUCGUUCGUUGGACAUACGGGCGGUGCACAAAACCUUAACCUUCAACCGAACACCGUUGGAUCGGGUUGCUUCCGCAUUGGUACGGUGGUGCACGAGUUCCUGCACGCCCUGGGAUUCUACCAUCAGCAGAGUGCUAGCGAUCGGGAUGAGUUUGUAGACAUCAUUUGGGAUAACAUUGAGGAGGGCAGGGAAAACAACUUUUACGCGUAUGACGCCAACAGCGUGACGGACUUUAACGUCCGAUACGACUACGGAAGUGUGAUGCAUUACAGCACGACGGCAUUCUCCAAGAACGGUCAGCGAACGAUCGUACCGAAGGAACCGAACGUCACCAUCGGUCAGCGGUUGAGCUUGAGCGAGCGGGACAUCUCCAAACUGAACUGGAUGUACGGUUGCCUUGGCAAGGUUUAAUUUAGCAGCUUGUAACGCGCGACAGGACAGGAUGAUUAAAGAAAAUUUAACUUUUAUAUGAUACUGGACAGCUAAAA